UUUAGUUCAGUUGUAAUUAAUAGUUAAAUACCCGUUGAUAACCCCCGUUUCUCAUCUAAAAGUAUCAUUCUUAACAAACUUGAAUAAAGGGUAUCUUUGUUGUGGCUGGUCAUUUAUUGUCUUAUUUUAUUUUAUAAGUCUUUAAGUAACUGGAUAUAUCAAUGUAUUCCACAUGGCUUUGACACUGCUCAGGAAAACCUGUUUUGACGGUUGGGAUCUCAGUGUUAAUCUGUUUGAUGGACAAGCGUGCUGAAAAUCUGGUGCUUCCAGUCAUAUGAUAGUACUCCUUUCUGGACCUGCGGCCCUGGUGCUCUUCGACAUCCAGUCCACAUGCAGUAGUAAACACGUCUCUUCGUCCUGGAUCGAUGAAGAACGGCCUGUAAGUUGUUUCAACCUAUUCGUAGGUGAAAUCUUCGAGUUUCAAAUCAUGACCAUCUAUGACUACGUUUUCUUUUCUCUUCUGAAUGGAAAUGAAAUCAACAGUGAAGCCAUCCGACCGAACUAGAUUCUUAAAGAGUAUCUCUUGGCUUGGCUUGAGGUCAUUUAAACAAGGCCGCCUAAGAGCCAAUGAGGAGAUGGCCAAUAUGCUAAUUGAUGGAGGAAAAAAAUUUAAUAUAAGGAAGCGGAAAAAGACCAACAAGAACAAACGUAGAAAAAGAAAGCGUCGAAAAGGACAAAAAAC